CUCUCUCUCUCUCUCUCUCUCUCUCCUGCCCUUUUCACUCUCCUCCUCCUCUUCCUCCUCCUCAUCCUCCACUGUCAUGUAGCUCUCCUCUCUCUGUCUGCUCCUCAUUUUUCUCUCAACUUGAACUAUUGGUGCGUUUAAUUUUUAAUGACUGAGCGUUAUUUCUCCUACUUUCUGCUCCUCUCUUCUUCACCACCUGUUUGUCAGCAUCCCUCUCCUCUCGCUGCUGGAUCGCCCUCUUUUUGUAUGAGUUCACACCUGCAUUAACACUGAGCCCUAUGACUGUGCGGAAGGGAAAUCGCUUGGGCAUCUCCAUCCAGGAGCACAUGGCCAUUGAUGUCUGCCCCGGGCCAAUCCGCCCCAUCCAGCAAAUCUCUGCAUACUUCCCUCGCCUGUCACCCACUUCCUCCUUCUCUGAGCCUCUCUCACCCAAUCAAAGUGGGGUAAAUGCCUCAGUCAGCCCUGGUAGUGUGCACCAUCCUGGAGCUCCAGCUGAGGAGGGAGGAGGUCAAGGCAGCAGUGCCCUAUUGUCACCUCUGUUACCAGGCGCCCAAGGAGGAGGGAACUCGCUGCCAACCAUGAGCAGCAUGGACACCUCGAUUGGGAUUGACAGCUGUGACAGCGAUGAUAGCACAUCCUUGGGGACGUUAGAGUUUGACCUGCUGUAUGAGAGCGCUACCAACUCCUUACAUUGCACAGUCCUGCGAGGAAAGGGUCUGAAACCGAUGGAUUUCAACGGUCUGGCUGAUCCUUAUGUCAAACUGCAUCUACUGCCAGGAGCCUGCAAGGCCAAUAAACUGAAGACUAAGAUUGUGCGAAACUCCCUGAACCCUGUGUGGAACGAGACGCUCACCUACUACGGAAUCACAGAGGAGGACAUGUCACGCAAAACACUCCGGGUCUCCGUGUGUGACGAAGACAAGCUGACACAUAAUGAGUUCAUUGGGGAGUCGCGGGUGGCCCUGCGCCGCGUGAAGCCUGACCAAACCAAACACUUCAACAUCUGUCUGGAGCACCCACCUCCUCUGCCUUCGCCGACAGCGACCAGCACGGCCCUGAGAGGAAUCUCCUUGUACCUGAGAGAGUGGGAACAGGAGCAGCAGAGUACCCUGGAGGAGAGAGGGCGCUUGCUGCUCUGCCUGCAGUACGUCCCACCGAACAGUGAGGGCAAUUUGAUGGCGGGUGAAGCCAAAGAGAGGGUUCGCGGCGGGCUGUGUGUGGGCGUCAAACGCUGUGCCCACCUGGCAGCCAUGGACGUUAACGGCUUCUCUGACCCCUACGUUAAAACGUACCUCAAGCCAGACAUUCAGAAAAAAUCCAAGCACAAAACAGCAGUUAUAAAAAGGACUCUUAACCCAGAGUUUAAUGAGGAGUUCUUCUAUGAAAUCUCCUUCUCAGAAUUAACUACCAAGACUUUGGAGGUCACAGUGUGGGACUACGACAUGGGCAAGUCCAACGACUUUAUAGGGGGCGUGUCCUUAGGGUGCCAGUCACAGGGAGACUCCCUGCAGCACUGGAUAGACUGUCUGAAGAACAAGGGCCAAAAGGUGGAGCGCUGGCACACGCUGACCAAUGAGCUGCCUGGAUCGGCGCUGCAAGAAUAAACCACGAUGCACCUCUUACAUUGGACUGUGACUGACUGAACACACUGCUUGAAGAUUCGGGACUGGUGAUACUUCGUCGCAUGAUCUGAGGAGUUUCUGCAUGACUGUGACGGAUUCAUAAUGUACUUUGUGUUAACAAAUGAUUUCAUAGCUCAUAACAAAGCAGCCACAGUGAGAUCAACGCUGCUAAAAUUCAAUCUUAAAAACAAAAAACAGACCUGAUGCAAAUUUAAGAGCAACCUCUCACCCAGUGUAAGAAUGUUCAUAAUCACAUUCAUGGGCACAUGUCCCUUUUGAGGAUCUGAUGUCAAUCUAAAGGCUCCUCCACAAAGCCCAAAACUGAUCAGUUUCAAUCAGCAACAAAGAUUGAAUACGUUCAUGAAAACAUAAUGAGGGAGGAAUUAUUCCGCUGUUCAUCCUCACUUUGCUAACAACCUCGGGUUUGUUUGCUCUUAUUAAAUUUGACCUGUGAUUCUCAUCGACUGUUGACAAAUCGUCCCUCACAACCAUCUCUCUCUCUCUCUCUCUCUCAUCGUGUACUUACUGCUCCCUUGCAAUAAUGUUUUUGGAUAAUGCUUCCAGAGAUUUCUAAGUGGUCUUAAUUCUGUCAGACAUGUUGUAUCUGUUGAGCUGCCUGCAGACACCUAAUAACAUAACUGGUUCUUCCACGUAAACGGUUCGUGUCAGUUAUUCGCAUGUUCAGUGUUGAAAGUGCAAACUAACAGACAAAUAUUCGCCACGUUCUGCUGCAGGACCAAGUGUUCAUUGUUGUGUUGUUCCCAGUUGUCUUGGGGUGUGUUGGACUAAUUAAAUAAAAUGUUGUUGUUUUUUUUUUUAAAUUAGUCAAUGCAAAAUAAAUUUUUUUGUUCAUGUUCACAGUUGUGUGAAAUGUCAGAUAUCACAGUUUCUUGUUGACAUGCAGACAUCAAUGGAAAUUUGCUUACAUGUCGCACCAUCUGGAAUGAGGGCAAAGGGUUCAGAGUGCUACAGUGGCCCAGAGAGGCCACAAGACUUCCGAAUUUAAAAACACCAGCAAAUGCAGAAAAUACAAAUAACGCC